AUGUCCUUGGCGCAGAAACCCGUCCCCAAGGCCACCGGCAAGCCUUUGACCGCCGCGACUACUGCCCUUGCGGUUGUGUCUUUCCUCUCGUUUGUGUUUGGCUGGAUCUUCGUCUACUUCCUGAUUGUCAAUAAGACUUGGUGCUUUGCCGACUUUUGUGUCGAGUCAAUGGGGUCUCGCAAGAACCCCGUCCGAAACACCUUGGCUGUAUUUUACGGCUUUCUUAUCCUCUCUGCCCUGGUUACCCUUACCGCGAAGUAUCGCCCGUCCUUCAAACGGGUCCUUGAAAGCCGCCCCUUCGCCACUUCGACCCUGACUGUCGCCGAGAUUACCUGGUUUACCUUGGCGAUCGUGAUAUCCAACAUUGUCAUCCCCGGAAUGAUCUGGGUUCCCUACUGGAACAUGUGGGUCUCGAUGUUAUCCAUGACAGGCAUGGAUAUGGGCCGUGGAUUCCAGGACAUGAACUGGCCAUGGAUCCGUAUCGUCUGGCAGACUCUGACCCUGACCACAGGCGACUCGCUUGCGGUUCUGCUUGGAUUUGUGGUGCUGUUCAUCUCCAAGCACUCAUUCCUCUUGAGCCUUUUGGACCUUCCCUACCCCUCCACGCUUCGGAUUCAUCAGUGGCUGGGAUAUUCCAUUUUGGUUCUCACAUGCAUCCACUUGAUUGUCACAAUGCUUGCCUAUUCUCUUGAUGUCACCCCUUUGUACCAGCUCUUCUUCACCGUCCCCGCGGGCUCUCCUUGGGGUUCUUCACAGUACCUCUACGUUCUCGGACUUGCGUCGUUCCUCUUUCUGGCUGUGGUCACUUUCCUGUCGCUCCCUCGCAUCCGCCGACUGCACUUCAAUCUUUUCUACUUUGUCCAUUUCCUCAUCUUCGUUUCGGUCGUCUUUGCAUAUCUUCAUGCCUCCAUGUCCAUUUUCUACAUGAUCCCUGGACUCAUCAUGUACGGCCUGGAUGUCGCUGUGCGCCUCUACAAGAGCAUCGAAUACCACCCUUGGAGCAUUGUCGCCUUCAAGGACGGAUCAGCAAGCUUCAUUGUCAAGUCCACGAAAAAUCCAAACGAGUGGACCGCCCGUGUUGUCCAAGUACUCAAGUCGUCGGAUGCCACCUAUUUGAGUGUCCAAGGCCCUUUUGGAAAUCCAAUCCAUAAAUUUGCCUCUCAAUCCGAUAUCCUGGUUGCGUAUGUGGCUGGCUCUGGAAUCGCCCCAGCUAUUCCUUUGAUUUCUCAGGCCAGGGACACCGGUGACCAUGUGCCCAAGCAAACGAUUCUCAUCUGGGUCGCGGCUGCCGACAAUAUGCACGAAUUUUCCCCCAUUCAGGAUCUCAGGGAACACGGCGUCAAGAUCAUCCUCUUUAACACCUCGCCCAAGUCCUCUGCCGAACCUCGGGCUGACACACACCAAGGCCGACCCUAUCUCCACUCCCUUCUCACCGCACAUGUCGCCCCUGCCUUUGCUAACGAGGCUGUUAAGCCCAAAGUCGGUCUAUUCGUGUGUGGGCCCGAGCGCUUCACUGAAGAUGCUCUGGUUGCAGUUGAUCGCUUCGGAGCGGACCAGAACUCCAGGGUUGCAGUUCACGUAGAGUCCUUCGAAAUGUAA